AUGGGUCUUCAUUCGGAGAUUUGCUCAGUCCGUAACAAGUUCCACUCAACGCUCAUGGCCUCAGUCGCGCCGCCUCGCCGGGCUAUGUCCGAGAGCUACAAACACACGUAUCUAGCCACUUUGAGUGAAGACACGGAGGAUCCGCUAAGCUCGCAGCCGCUGCCCAUUGGGCCGGUGGACGACCACCACCCGCUCGUAUUGGCUGUAGACCACGAUGGUGAGCCUUUACUGGCGCUACAACACCGCUCCAAGUCCGAGGGCUUCAUUUGCACGGCCCAGGGCAUCGUGUUUGAGGACAACAAGAGCGUAUAUAGCUCCAAGCUCAGUAGGCUCAAGGCGUUGGCCUCUAACUCGAACGCCCUGGGCACGCAGAGUAACGUGCUGUUGGCCAAGAAGGCGCUCCGGUAUCGUAAAGCGAUUGGGCGGCGCCGCAAGCACAACACAUGCUACUUGCACCCUCCUUCCUGA